AUGUCGUCGCUGCGAACCUACCUGAUCGCAGAACCCAUACUUUAUGGAAUACUACUCAUCCCGAGUAUUCUCAUUGCUAAACGACAUGGCAAGCCAGGAUAUCUUGGUUGGGGACUUGUCACACUCCUGUGUGUGAUGCACGCUGCCGGCGGUGCCAUGCUGCUGACUGGAACUCGUUAUGGCAUGACUGUUCUCACCAACUGCGCCGGCGUGCUCCUCCUAGCCUCUUGCGGUAUUUGGUGGGAAGCUAAUCACCAUCUGGAAUCGCUUGACAUGGCUGCAAAGAUCAAGGUCGGUGUGGUCCACUUCCUUGUACUUGUUGGCGCAGUCUUGAUGGCCAUGAAUAUCAGCGUACUAAGUGGUAGAAUGCAAGCCUACAUCGCUUGCGGAUGCUGGGGAGUAGCAUGGCUAGCAGCUUUUGCACAAGCGAUCAUGAGCAUGAAGGCUAGUGGCGGUUUUGGAGAGCCUACUCAAAAGCUCAUUACUGCGUCAGUGCUUGGUGUAGUCUGCGCUGGUGUUCGUAUCAUCUUUACAAUUCUGGCCAGGACGAGAAUGGUGUACGGAUUACAUCCAAGAGGUGGCAGUUUUUUGAUGACUCUGUCAUGCGUGUUUUUCCCCGAAGCUCUCGCAACGAUUGCCUUUGUUGUCAUUGGAAUGAUGACGCGUGGAAUCGGUGGUUGA